UUCAUUAUAUGCUUUUAAUCAAGAAAAAAUAAUAUCUGACCACUCAGCACCCUGAAAUUUGUGUUUGGUACCACGUACACAGACUUCUCGGCCGGAAUCUCCAGGGAUGACCAGCCCCUCCCCACGCAUCCAGAUAAUCUCCACCGACUCUGCGGUAGCCUCACCUCAGCGCAUUCAGAUUGUGACAGACCAACAGACAGGUCAGAAGAUCCAAAUAGUCACCGCAGUGGACGCCUCCGGAUCUCCCAAACAGCAGUUUAUCCUGACCAGCCCAGAUGGAGCUGGAACUGGGAAGGUGAUCCUGGCUUCCCCAGAAACAUCCAGCGCCAAACAGCUCAUAUUUACCACCUCAGACAACCUCGUACCUGGCAGGAUACAGAUCGUCACGGAUUCUGCUUCUGUGGAGCGUCUGCUGGGGAAGGCGGAAGUCCAGCGGCCCCAGGUGGUAGAGUACUGUGUGGUCUGUGGCGACAAAGCCUCUGGUCGUCACUAUGGGGCUGUCAGUUGUGAAGGUUGCAAAGGUUUCUUCAAAAGGAGUGUGAGGAAAAAUUUGACCUACAGCUGCCGGAGCAACCAAGACUGCAUCAUCAAUAAACAUCACCGGAACCGCUGUCAGUUUUGCCGGCUGAAAAAAUGCUUAGAGAUGGGCAUGAAAAUGGAAUCUGUGCAGAGUGAGCGGAAGCCCUUUGAUGUGCAACGGGAGAAACCAAGCAAUUGUGCUGCUUCAACUGAGAAAAUCUAUAUCCGGAAGGACCUGAGAAGUCCUCUGAUAGCCACUCCCACAUUUGUGGCCGACAAAGACGGAGCAAGACAAACAGGUCUUCUUGAUCCAGGGAUGCUUGUGAACAUCCAGCAGCCUUUGAUACGUGAGGAUGGUACAGUUCUUCUGGCCACGGAUUCCAAGGCUGAAACAAGCCAGGGAGCUUUGGGCACACUGGCCAAUGUAGUGACCUCCCUUGCUAACCUAAGUGAAUCCUUGAACAAUGGGGACACUUCGGAAGUCCAGCCGGAGGACCAGUCUGCAAGUGAGAUUACUCGGGCUUUUGAUACCUUAGCUAAAGCACUUAAUACCACAGACAGCUCCUCACCAGCAAGCCUGGCAGAUGGGAUAGACACCAGUGGAGGCGGGGGCAUCCACGUCAUCAGCAGAGACCAGUCGACACCCAUCAUUGAGGUUGAAGGCCCCCUCCUUUCAGACACACACGUCACAUUUAAGCUGACAAUGCCCAGCCCGAUGCCAGAGUACCUCAACGUGCACUACAUCUGCGAGUCUGCGUCCCGCUUGCUUUUCCUCUCAAUGCACUGGGCUAGGUCAAUCCCAGCCUUCCAGGCACUUGGGCAGGACUGCAACACCAGCCUGGUGCGGGCCUGCUGGAACGAGCUCUUCACCCUUGGCCUUGCCCAGUGUGCCCAGGUUAUGAGUCUCUCCACCAUCCUGGCUGCCAUCGUCAACCACCUACAGAACAGCAUCCAGGAAGAUAAACUUUCUGGCGACCGGAUAAAGCAAGUCAUGGAGCACAUCUGGAAGCUGCAGGAGUUCUGUAACAGCAUGGCAAAGCUGGAUAUAGACGGCUAUGAGUACGCAUACCUUAAAGCUAUAGUUCUCUUUAGCCCUGAUCAUCCAGGUUUGACCAGCACAAGCCAGAUUGAAAAAUUCCAAGAAAAAGCACAGAUGGAGUUGCAGGACUAUGUUCAGAAAACCUACUCAGAAGACACCUACCGAUUGGCCCGGAUUCUCGUCCGCCUGCCAGCACUCAGGCUGAUGAGCUCCAACAUAACAGAAGAACUUUUUUUCACUGGUCUCAUUGGCAAUGUUUCAAUAGACAGCAUAAUCCCCUACAUCCUCAAGAUGGAGACAGCAGAGUACAAUGGCCAGAUCACCGGAGCCAGUCUAUAGUACACACUACACAUCUGCCAAGGAGCAAAAGAAUCCUCCCAGAACCAUUCAGAUACAAAGAAAAUAAAAUAGUGGUAUUUUGGUAUGUGCAAA